AUGGAAGCUUUCACGCGCCUAUUGGACUACGUUGUCGAAUACGAGUCUGAAUUCAGUGCUGCAUCAAAGGACAUCUCGAAGAACGCUCUUGUGAUGCAACAAGACGAGCUGAGAGAGAUGUGGUGCAAAGCGAAAGCUGCCCAUGACGACCUCAACAGCAAAGGGGACAUGUCUGCAAAGGACUAUGCCCUUAUUAAAAAAAAAUUCAAGCUAGGUGGUCAAUGCUACAUACGUUGCAUGGGGGCAAUGAAGGAUAUGUCUGAGAUCCUCUCAACCCCCAAAGACACAGAAAAGUCUGCUGAGGUAGACAAUAACCACUCCCUUCCGCCUUGCGAUACCGAUGUUUUCAAAGGGGACUACCUUUCAUGGCCAACAUUCCGGGAUAUGUUCACGGCCGUAUACAUCAAAAGCAAGCGCCUGUCACCUGUUGAGAAAUUAUACCAUCUCAACAAAAAGACUCAAGGGGAAGCGAAGGUUAUUGUGUCGAAAUGCCCUCUUACAAAUGAUGGCUUUGCAAUGGCAUGGAAGGGUUUAACUGACAUGUACGAAAACGAGCGUAUACUAGUCGAAACCCAAGUUGACAUACUGCUCGACUUACCGUCAAUCGACAAGGAGUGCUCGGUUUCGAUAAAAUGGCUACAGCGGGAGAUCAACAGCUGCAUCUCCUGCCUGACAGCCAAUAAAGUGGACAUUGGGAACUGGGACCCAAUCAUAAUCCGCAUAUGUUCCAAGAGACUGCCACAAGCAACAUUAGCCCUGUGGGAACAGUCUGUAAAGAACAAAACAAAAACGUCAAAGUGGGAGGAAUUGGACAACUUCCUCACGGAUAGAUACCGUGAUUUAGAGGCAAUCGAACGUGCCAAGAAAUCGUCCAAUUCUGUAAAGCCUGUCAGUGCACCCACACAGAACAGAAACAACAACAAUAGCCAUCAGAACAGACUCGGCGCCUUCCAAUGUCGCAAUGCACGCACCAGUGCAUUCAACUGCAGCACGUGCCACGCGAGGCAUCACACACUACUACAUUUGAGGACAGUGCAGCCUAGCAGCCAAAGAGGCUCAUCUACGCCAUCGGACGAGAUUCCGUCUACGUCCAGGCAAGCGCAGCAGAGACGCAACUUCAACAAGUCGAAAGGCAAGCCAACGACUCAAGUACAGUCGUGCUUCGCUAACAGCGACAAAGGUGUCUUGUUAGGAACGGCACAAAUAAAUGUAAAUUACAGCGGCGUUACUUAUGCCGCAAGAGCACUCAUCGACUCGGGGUCAGAGUGCUCUUUCAUCACAGAAAGGCUGAAGCGCAGAAUCAACUUGCCAGUGCGGAAGAUAAAUGCCCAGGUGUCAGGCAUCAACAACACCGUAUCUGCGCAAGUGAAGGAAUCAUGUUGUGUCGAGUUGCGGUCACCAAUAGACCCACUUAUAUCGAUCACAACGAACAUGAUGGUUCUGCCGAAAUUAACGGGAAACUUGCCGACUUGCCAUAUUAGCGCACUAACUCGGCAGGCUUUCCCAGAUCUCACGUUGGCGGAUAAGAGGUUCUUCGUCAAUGAACCCGUGGACGUCAUACUCGGUGGUGACGUCUAUCCCCAGAUUAUGCUGGAUGGCAUACGCAAGAACGUGCUGGGAUCACUUCUUGCGCAAGAGACAGUGUUCGGUUGGAUAGUCACAGGGCGUGCUAAUACAAUUAAGCCAACCAACACUUGCGUCUCUUAUUAUAACGAAAUAUCGCUGGAAAAGCAGUUAGCUUCGUUCUGGGAAUUGGAAGAGAUCUCCAAGGAAAAGAAAUUAAGCGAGGAGGACAGGUACUGUGAAGAGCUCUAUAAAGAGACAACGAAGCGAAAUGAAGACGGGAAAUACGUUGUAUCGCUACCAUUCAGGAAAGACUAUCCGGUCAACAUUAGUCUAGGUAGUUCCUUAAAGAUUGCGUACUCCCAGUUUUAUCGCAAUGAAGCUCGUUUGUCCAGAGACGAGAACCUGCAAAAAGAAUACAACAGAGUGUUAAACGAAUAUGUUGAGCUGGGUCAUAUGGCAAAGAUACAUACCAAUCAAACGGCCGACUCUAGUAACAACUAUUACCUGCCUCACCACGCCGUAAAAAAGGAAGAGAGCACAUCGACAAAGGUGCGUGUGGUGUUCAAUGCAUCGCAAGCCACUUCAAACGGCACUUCGCUGAAUGACAUCCUUCUCCCCGGUCCAGUUCUUCAGGCAGAUUUGACCAUAUUAAUUCUGCGAUGGCGUUUAUUUAAAUAUGUUUUCAAUAGCGAUAUUGAGAAAAUGUAUCGCCAAAUCCUAUUGAAAGCUGAUCAAACGAAGUACCAGCGAAUCGUUUUCCGCAACCAUCCGACCGAACAAACAAAUCUUUUUGAAUUGAAGACGGUAACGUUCGGAAUCAACUGCGCUCCUUAUCUGGCAAUAAGGACGUUACUCCAAUUAGCUGACGACGUUGAAAGCUCACUACCAGUAGCCUCAAACAUACUCAGGAAGUGCAUGUAUGUUGAUGAUGUCUUAGCAGGUGGACACUCUAUAGAGGCUGCAAUCAAAGCUAGAAAUGAGAUAAGGACAGCAUUGGAGUCGGCAGGUUUCCCAUUAAGAAAAUGGACAGCCAACUGUGGAAGAAUUUUACAAGGCCUUCCAAAGGACCACUUGCUAAACAAAGAGUUUUUAGACUUCGAAGACACAAGUGAUGUCAAGGCUCUUGGGAUAAGAUGGAAUGCACAUACGGACUUCUUUUAUUUUAAAACAAAACCAAUACUCAGCCCAGAAUCAUAUACAAAGAGAGCUAUUCUCUCAGAUAUCGCCAAACUGUUUGACCCAUUAGGAUGGCUAGCACCGAUAAUCGUCACAGCCAAAAUGAUAAUGCAACAUAUUUGGUUGGAAGGUACACAAUGGGACGAGGUUGUAUCUCCUACCACAUUGGAUCGUUGGCACACAUUCAUGGAUAACCACAGGUAUAUAAACAACAUUAAAAUUCCACGAUGGGUCCACUUCUCGCCGACGGACGAUGUGUCCAUUCAUGGUUUCUGCGAUGCAUCAGAGAAAGCAUACGCAGCAACGGUCUACCUGCGCGUAAGGACAAGCAACGAAGUUUUCGUCAGCCUACUAUUGGCAAAAACCAGAGUAGCGCCUGUAAAAACUAUCUCUUUACCGCGUCUGGAACUGUGCGGCGCCGUAUUACUGGCCGAAACAGUUGAAUCUGUCGUCAACAACCUGGAGCUGACUCAUCUUAAACUUAAACUAUGGACGGAUUCGACCAUCGUUCUCGCAUGGAUUCGCAAGCCACCAUGUUCAUGGUCAACGUUUGUAUCCCAUCGAGUGACAAAGAUUAUAGAAAAGGUUGGCAACGCAAAUUGGAAUCAUGUCGAUUCAGGAUCUAACCCUGCAGACUUAGCCAGUCGGGGACUUAUGGCACAGGAUUUGGUGGAAAACACCUUGUGGUGGCAGGGACCUUCUUGGCUGCAAGAAGAUCAAUCCAAAUGGCCAUUACGACAAAAUGACUACGAGACGACAACAGAGGAAAAACAGUCUUGCUUAAUUUCAUCCGAAGAAAUUAAAGCAACGACAAAACGUUGGAUAAUAAAUACGCAGAAGCAGAAAUAUGGUCAAGAGUAUGGUUGUCUGAAAUCCGGUAAGCCCAUCGAUGCAAAAAGUGAAAUCCUCUCUCUUAAUCCAUUCCUCGAUAAAGAUGAAGUGUUGAGAACUGGUGGCCGUCUCGCUCCUCAUAUGGGCGGACUUUGGGAAGCAGGUGUGAAAAGCUUUAAGAGUCAUUUCCGCAAGAUUGCGUCUGGGCAAAAAUAUACUCUUGAAGAGUUCAACACACUCUUAUGCCGAAUUGAGUCUUGCCUUAAUUCGCGACCAUUAAGCCCAGCCUCAAACGAACCUACUGAUUUGGAGCCACUUACUCCAGGACAUUUUUUGGUCGGCGGACAUCUGAUGGCCCCACCAGAACCGGAUAUAAAUGAAAGCAGUGCCUCUAUCGUAAAUAGAUGGCAAAAACUUAAGGCCUUACAUCAAUCCUUCUGCAAAAGGUGGAAAACCGAAUACCUGAAUGAAAUGCAGAAGCGUAUUAAGUGGAAACAUUCCAAAACAAAUUUAAAGACAGGUGACCUUGUCGUCAUCAAAGAAGACAAUUUGUCACCGAACGAGUGGAGAUUGGGUAGGAUUGUCAAUAUACACCCAGGUGCUGAUACCCGAGUGCGAGUAGUUGACAUUAUUACUGAAAAAGGCCAAGUUACAAGACCGCUUGCCAAAUUGGUCUUACUACCACCCUACGAGGAGGAAAACGAGGAUGCACACCCUACUCAACACAACCGUUCCCCAGCCACAUCGGAAGCCUAG